GCAGAUGUGACGCUGUGUUCGUUGGAUUUCGCCGCUUGUUGCCGGCGUGCGAGUCCUUCGGGUAACGCGAACGUGAGCCUGCGAGGGAAUUUAACGAGGGUGAUGAUCAACAGAAAUUAAGAUUCCAGGUUGAACUAGAAUUUGUCCAAUGUUUGGCUAACCCAAACUACCUGAACUUCCUUGCUCAGCGGGGAUACUUCAAGCAGCAAGCUUUCAUCAAUUACCUCAAGUACUUGAAAUAUUGGACAAAGCCAGAGUAUGUCAGAUACAUAAAGUACCCAAUGUGCCUGCACUUCCUGGACCUGCUGCAAUACGAGCACUUCCGCAAAGAGCUGGUGAACUCGCAGUGCGCCAAGUUCAUCGACGACCAGCAGAUCCUGCACUGGCAACACUACACGCGUCGGCGUACCCGCCUGCUGGCCGGCGAGGGCUCACCCACGCCCGUCGGCAGCAGCACGCCCACGGUCUGAGGUGGCCAGCCGGACCCGGUGCCCAGUGCGGCCGGGUCACGUGUCUUCCACAGUCGCCGUGAGAGCGGCAGCGACUGCGAUCCGCCAACGCGGCGCAGGUCUUUAACAGCGUGAGCACGCGUUACCCCGCGUCUUCCUCCCUUCCACUGUAAUCCAGUACAGCGCCAGCAUAGCAGCGCAGGCUGGGCGCACACAGGACGUCGGGCGCCGAGAGUAUGGCGGAGCCAGUGCUGCUCAGCUACCACGACUCGGUGCUGCACGAAUCAGACGGCGAGCUGCUACAGGGGCCGCACUGGCUCAAUGACAAGCUGAUCCAGUUCUACCUCAACUACCUGGAGCACGCCGCGUUCCCCGCCGCCGGGCUGGCGUUCGUCGGGCCGGAUGUGACGCAGUUCGCGCGGCUCUGCGCCGAGAGCGAGCUGGCCGCCUUCCUGGCGCCGCUGCGGCUGGCCGAGCGGCGCGCCGCGCUCUUCAUCAUCAACGACUGCGAGCGGCCCGACGCGCCCGGCGGCACGCACUGGAGCCUGCUGGUGACCGUCGGCCGCCGCUGCCUGCACUACGAUUCGCUCGCCUACGGCAACCAGCGCGAGGCGCGGCGCAUGGCGCGCCGUCUGGCGCCGCUACUCGGCCUCUCCGGCAAGGUGGAGGAGGCCGCCUGCGGCUGCCAGCGCAACGGUUACGACUGCGGCGUGUUCGCGCUCUGCCACGCCGAGGAGGUGGCGCGUCGGCUGAGCGGCGGCAGCGACCUGCGGCACGUGCCCGUCAGCCAGGAGCGCGUCGACGAGAUGCGCGCGGACAUGCUGCGCCUCAUCCGGAGCCUGGCCGCGAGGUGAGGCGGCGCGGGAGCGCAGCGCGUGUGCGGCAGAGAGGCGUUGGCAACCGGAGACGCGGACCGGACGGGCGGCUGGGCGUGGCGUGUGUGUGCCGACCGCGGUGAGCUGCUGACCGGCAUGAUGACUUGUUUUGUGUCCGGCGAAUGCUGGAUGGUCGCCUCCAGGAGAGGCUCUCCCUGGUCAAGAGUCGGCUGCUGGCGAACGGCGGUGGUGCCGUUGCCCCUGGCAGACUACUGCCAAAUACUCAGUACUCAACCUGGCCUGGGCGCCGCUUGCUGUGCAACUGCAGUCUGGUUCAUUUUGUGAAUAA